AAUCACAUGAUCAUAAGCGUAAGAAGGAUUGAUGUAUUCUCAGCAGUCAUCAGGGACCUUCUGCACUCUGCCAUUUGGUUAGAAGUUAGAGAGAUCAAAUUAGAUAUUGAAAAUGAAAAACUGAUUCAGAACUCUACUCUUCCUUCGACGAUACAAAAACUUACAUUUACUGAUGCUUCAUUCACAGAUCAAUAUAUUAGCCGAAUAGCAGUGUUAUUGAAGGACAUCACAUCUUUGAGAGAGUUAGAAGCAAUAGAUUGUGUGCUUGAGGGGAAAGGAGAAUGGGAUACAACAGAAAUUGCAAGAAGUAGGCAAAGUUCUGUUGAGACAAUAUCAAUAACAAAUAUGACUAUUCGGGAUUUUUAUUUGUUCUUUGAUCUGCAAGGUAUAGAGACACAAGUAGAUAAGCUGAAAAGACUCAGCAUUGCAAGUUCUAAAGUCUUCAUGGUACCGUGCAGACUGGCAAGAUGUUUUUCAUCACUUUUAUAUCUUGAUUUCCAUGAUAAUUUGCUUGUAAAUAAUCGCUUAGUUGAGACAAUCUGUGAAGGUGCAUGGCCUUCAUUACAAACUCUAAAUCUAAGUAAAAAUUCUUUGAAAUCCCUAGAACAGGCUGCAAAAUAUAUAAGUAAUCUACACAAACUGAUUAAUCUUGAUAUUAGCGAAAACAAUUUUGGUGAGAUGCCAGAUGUGUGUGAAUGGCCUGAAAACCUGAAAUACCUGAAUCUCUCUGGCACUCAGAUCCCCAAAUUAACACCUUGC